UUGGUGGUUAAUACAAGGGUAGUUUCUUUGUUUUCUCCAUUGAGUUUGUCCAAUUGAUGUCAUAAUUUGGUGUGCGCGCGCGCAUGUGUGUCUGUGUGUGUAUAAAAACAGAUCACCUAAAACUAAGUCUUAUAAAUCAAAAUUAGCCUCAGAGUGAGCUCUUAGUUAUAACCAGUGAAGCUAGGAAAUUCAGCAGCCAUGGCCGAGAAGGAAGGAGCAAUAGUGAAAACGGGUCAUGAAGAGGGGCUCAAAAUGACAGCUUCCCUUCUUGAGGAAUUCGGACUUCCUCUAGGACUUCUCCCUCUUGCAGAUGUUGUUGAAGUUGGUUUUGUUAAGGGCACUGGAUACAUGUGGAUUCUGCAGAAGAAGAAGGUCGAGCACAACUUCAAGAUGAUCAGCAAGCUCGUAAGCUACGACACUGAAAUAACUGGUUAUGUCAGCACAAAGAACAUCAAGAAACUCAAAGGAGUGAAAGCUAAGGAGCUCAUGCUCUGGCCUCCAGUUAGCCAGAUUAUCGUUGACGACCCACCAACAGGAAAAAUUCACUUCAAGAGCCUCGCUGGUAUCACCAAAACUUUCCCAGUUGAGGCAUUUGGUGCUGGUCAGUGAUUUACAUCAAGAGUUCUGCCGAUCAAGACCAGGCAAUCUAGCCGCGCGCAAUAUUUCUACAUGCUUUAAAUUUUAAAUGCAGUAGUAGCUUUGCAUUGUCAUGUUGCCUUGUCAUGUUUCCUUUCUCCAUCUAGCAUUAAUUUGCUCAUCAAGGAUUUGAUAAUAACAAUAAUAAUAUUACCAAAAUUGCAAUAUAAUAUAAAUGCCCGUUACAUUCCUAUGCUUAAUUGUGUAAUUUUCAAUAUAAUAAAGAUUACAGUUAUAGUGACUUGUUACAUUAUAAACAUUAAAUAAAAGAAAGAAAGCAAGGACCUGAUUGAAAAAAUUUUGGUCGAAUAUUGAUCAAGAAGAUUGAUUACAACUGGAUUUGCUGGCCAACCAGUAGACGGCACUUCGAAAUUUGAAGUCCAGUUUACAGAGUUUAUACCCGAAUGACUCAAACCACACUCUAAUGGACAUGUCAAGCUAAAUUAGAGAAGUAUGCUAGCAACUUGAGAUAGCGAAGAUUUAAUGACUGUAAAGAUCAUGCAUAAAAGCCAUUUCAAGCAAAGUUAUUGCCCCAAGCCAAGUAGAACAUCAUGCAGUGUUUACUCAAACCCCUCUCCACAUCUUGCCCAGAAACUUAAACAGCAAGGGAAUAGCUAAUAAUGUUGACCAAAAAGAAUCGAAUUACUAACUAUUAAAAUCAGUUAGGCUAGCUCAUAACCCUGCAACUGCCUUCCGAUCAACUAAUUUCAUCUUUGUUUACUCUAGUUUCUCUUCUCUUAUUUGUUAAAUCUUAUGUAAUCUAGUCGGAG